AUCAAUGCGCCAGCAAAGCAACAAAACUUUAAAACGAAAUAAUCGUCAUGUCGCUAAACACGGAAAAAAAGAAAGAAAAAAUUGAAGUGCAAGAAUAUGUGACCGUCAAAGAAAUAAAACGCAAUGCACUCUCAUACUAUCAUGAACUUCAAGUCGAUUCUCGGGUGUCGAUCAUAUCCGUUCGCGCAGAGCAUGGAGUUAGAUGCUAGUAGUAAAUUAAUAGCAGAAAUCGAAGAGAUAUCGAAAGAGAAAAAGAGUCAGCCCCUUCCAAGUGAGCGAAGUAGAUUGCAGUCGCUCUCAGUCGUCGUAAUAGCAACAUAUAUUGUGAUAGCGUAUUACGCUAGCAGUAGAAAUGGCCAUACAUGGCAGGUUCAGUCCAUGUAGAAGUCGCCCUUGAGAAUUCUCUCUUGGAAAGCAUCGGGCUUGGGGCGCUCUGGCUGCUUAGGCUUAACAGCGGACGCCUGUGCGGGAGGCUGUGGCAUGUCGGAGAUG